AUGUCUCACUCCGGCCCCAAUCCCUUACCUCCAACGCAAAUACUCACAUCACGAUCUACCUCGCAAUCCGCCGCUCUCGACUUCCUCAAAGCCUACCUUGUCCGAGCCGUCAAUGACCCUUCUCUACAACCCAGUGCGAUGAUCACCGAACACGGACCCAUCUCGCGCACAACAGCUGCUGCUCCUAACCUGACGCUGCACAAUCUCAAGCGAGUCCAGGCGGGUCUCGCAGGUGAGAUAUUGGGUCGCGACCUGACGUUGAAUACAACAAGUUCUAGUGCUGCACAGUCCCGCGGAACGAAGACGGCAAAUGGUGAAACAAAUGCUGCUGAUGGCAAUAAUAAUAAUAAGGACGAGCAAUGGGAGGACAGAGAGAAAUGGGAAUUGGAACAAGCGGGCACCGUUACGGGCGGGGAUGGGACUGAGGAAUUACUUAACAAUGCCGCGGGAGAGGAAAUUGAAGUUGAUGAGAAUGGGAUGCCGAUUUCUGGGGUCAUUGAUAAAGAAGAGCGCAAGCGGAGAAAGAAGGAGAGGAGACAGGCCGAGAGAAAGGCUAGAAAAGAACAGGCAAAAGAAGCAGGCGAGGAAGAAAUGGAGAUGAGUGAAUAG